AUGCAUGGCUCUACCAUGUUGUGUAAGGAAGGACACAUCCCGAAGAUGUCAUCCUUAUCCGCUGCCAGUGUUGACCCUACUCCUGCAAUUGAGGGUACGGAAGAGAAGAAACCACUGAAACCCUGUUGUGCGUGUCCCGAAACGAAGAAAGUCAGAGAUGCUUGCAUCAUUGAAAAAGGAGAAGAGAAUUGCACCGAUCUGAUUGAGGCUCAUAAAGAUUGUAUGAGGGCGCUUGGAUUUAAAAUUUAAUUGCCCCAUUAUGAGAUUGCGUGUUGUGUCAUGGCUGACCAGCAUUCUGAAAGGGGACCUUCGAUAAUCUGCUUGUUUUUAUUUAUGAAGGGAAGAUUGGCAUUGUGGUGAGAGAUGUGUUGCUGGGAUGUUAAUGGCUGUGGUGUUCCUGAGUAAAAUGUCUUAUUGUCUGUCUUUGAGAAAUUGUGUGAAUACAUUGUUCAGCUGAUUGCAAUUAAAUAAAUCUCCUAUGCAACACAACUUAAAUGUAUUUUAUUUGGCAGAACGUGUUGGUUAAAUAAAAUGUUCUUUUUUGACAGUU